AUGGGGGCCAUGCUGCGUCGUCUGCGGCGGGGCACACAACACCAGCAGCUUAAACUGCAAACACCGCUUCGUCACGAACAUGCCGCCUGCCCCCCAAACGAAGCAAGAGCAAGACCCAGCCCUGGCGACCCGGCACAGCGCGUCUCGCCGCGGCACCUCCAGCAGCCGCUCCUCGUUCCUCCGAGCCCGGCGGACGUCAUGCCCGCCACUCGACUCCAACAGCCAACCUCAAGGCCGAGCCAGCUGGUCCCGGUCCCGCACCCGCCGCCUCCGAUCUCGCUCAACCCAACGAUCUCUCUCGGCAAGCGGGCGCCGGUCGUGCAGCAGAGACUGGACGAUCGGCUGGACGACUCCAGUUGGUGGCCUGGCAACAGGCACCCCCAGCGUCGCUGGCAUCCAUCAUUCAGGUACACUCUGCCAGCUCCUACUCCUGCGUCCUACCACCACCCUGUCCUGACUACGUCCACUAGGGAGUUGGGAGCUUUUCGUGGCUUCUGCCACUGCAUCCUGCCGCCACCAUGUCCCAACUACGUCCACUAG